CAGACCUGGAGAAGAAGACGCAGACACUCGAUAUCUGGUCAGGAAUACUAAGGUCAUCAUUUAUCUACAAGAGUGUUCCCGUCUCUGUAAACACAGCGGUCGAUCCAGACUCCGACACCGUCUUGGUAGAAAUCGAUUCCAAGCUGCUGCUUCGAUCCGGCGGCGGCGGCGGGCUUGGUCUCUUCUUCGACUUUCCCUAUUCCGACCGAAACAAGUUUGACGCCCCCUUUGUCGGCUUGUGGAACGCAACAGCCAACCACAUGACCAUCUUGCGCCAGACGUCUCCUCACUCCGCCGUGAUCCAGCACUCUUUGGGCCAGACAACGUAUUAUCUCACGCUGAAAUGGGAAGGGGAAGAAGCGACGGUAACCGGUCCGGCUGAGGGAACCCAUCGGUAUUUCCUCAGGAUGAACAGCAAAAAGACAACGACAUCAAGAAGUUUGCGGCUUACAGCUACCUUUUCACCUGAGCCUUUAGAUGCAACAACCAGUGCUACCACCACCACCACUUCUUUCCCCAAGUUACUCACCAAAACCAAAACCUGGUGGAACACCUACUGGACCACCGGCGCCUUCGUCAACCUCUCCCGCGUCAUCAAGUCCAAAUCCAAGUCCAAGUCAUCGUCAUCCUCCACCAGUAAAAACAUCACCGCCUCCCGCAACCGAACUCCAACGCCGCAUCCUCCUCUCCCUCUACCUCCUAGCCGUAAACCACGCCUCCUCCCUCCCCCCGCAAGAAUCCGGCCUAGUCAACAACGGCUGGUACGGCAAAUUCCACCUCGAAAUGGCCCUCUGGAACACCUUGCACUUGUAGUCCUGGGAAAAGGUGUUAGUCGUAGAUAUCUCUCGCGGGCUAUCCUACCCCAAAUGUGAUCUAGUCAUUGACCAUAUGUUUCAAUUCGAGGAAAUCCAUCGAAUUGGUAAGUUCGAUAACAGUAAAAUACACAUGGUGUUUUCUCGGCGACCUUGGUGUCAGGCUUUUUGCGAUCUUCCAUUCGUAAAGUCGCAGAUUGGGCGGAUAGCAUUUCACAAUAUUCUGCUUCCAACCGCCCAUCCCAUUCCCUCCUGAUCACUCCACUUCCACUUGAGGGGUUAUGUAUGG